UGAACAUGAAUGUUUGUUUAUAUAAUAUUAUAUUAAUAACUAAAUUUUGAAAUUGCGGAAAGUUUAUUCUAACCUACACAAUUGAUUAAAAAAGAAACAAAGUUUUCAAACAUUAAAUAUGUUAUUUAACCAUGCAGUAAUUAUUGAAAUAUAAAUUAUUAAAAUUAUUGAAUUUUUAUUUUUAAGCAGAAGUAAAUUCAAAAAGAUAUUUAAAAAUGGAUCUGUUUAAUAUUUUAAUUAGAAAAAAUUUCUCAACCUGUAAAACUUUAUGCAAAGCAGUACCAAAUAAUUUAAAAGGUAAGAAAGCUGAUUCUAAAAAAUGGUUAAUCAGAUAUAUCCGUGAUCCAUAUGUCGAAAAAGCAAGACAAGAAAAUUAUCGUUGUCGUAGUGCAUUUAAAUUGCUAGAAAUAAAUGACCGUUUUAAUAUACUCACACCUGGUUUAUGUGUCGUUGAUUGUGGUGCUGCACCUGGUAGCUGGACACAAGUUGCUGUUAAUUUAACAAAUGCGUCAGGUAAAACGGAAAAUACACCUGUAGGUAGUGUUUAUGCAAUUGAUAGAUUGCCAAUUCAUCAUAUCGAAGGUGCCACGACAUUUGGUAAUUUAGAUUUUACAACCAACCUAGCACAAACUAAACUGCGUGAAUUAUUGAAACAACCGGUUGAUGUUGUAAUGUCAGAUAUGGCACCCAAUGCAACCGGUAUACGAGAUAUUGAUCACGAUCAAAUUAUUGUAUUGGCGUAUGCUGCUAUGGAAUUCGCUAUUAAGAUGUCUAAAGUCGAUGGUACAUUUGUUGUCAAAAUAUGGGACGGUAGUAAAUCGCCACAGUUUGAAAAAGAUGUUGCUAGGUUUUAUAAUCAUGUUAAAAUUGUUAGGCCUGAUGCUACGAGAGAUGAAUCUACUGAAAAAUAUGUUUUAGCUAGAGGGUUUAAAGGUCUUAAAACAAGUUAAUUUAACAUACAUAUUUAUAAAUUAAUAAACAAAUAAGAGAAGAGACUUAACAUUUGAUUAUUAUUUGUUGAAAUUAAAUAAAAAAUAGUUGUCAUAAUAAAAUAUAUAAAGUGUUUAAAUCUUUUAUGGUAAUUAUUAAUAAAUUCUUGAAUUAAAUGGAAAAAAAAAUUUUUUCCAUUUAGAAACAAUGGAGACAAUAAUUUUGGCAAUUUUUCAAUUAUUAUAACCUAAUUUAAUAAAUAAAUAAGUUAUCUUUAUUAUUAGGAGAAUAAGGAAAAUUUUGUUUCCGCCAUAUCUACGUGAUAGAAUUGGUUAAUGUUAUUGAAAUUGGUAUCAUUAGGAAGGUCCUGACUUGAAUUUGUGCCUUUUUAUAUUUUAAACUCUUUUUAAUUGCCAAGUAUUGAGAUAAAUACAUUUAUCUGUACCAUUCGAAUUACAUUUAAAUUACGCGAGAAAAAGGACUAUAGUAUUUAUUUUCUUUAAAUAAAUUAAUACUUUAAUUAUUCUGUCACUAAAUAUGAUUAAAUGUCACUGAAUAUAUAGCUAUAUUAUUUAUAUCGCGUUACUUAUUCCAAAAUGACAUAUUUUUAUACACCCUUUUGGUUUUAGGGAGCUUCUCAAAGCCAAAAGAUCGUACACAGAAAAAAAGGAUUCAUUGACAUAAAAAAUCUUUACUCAAUUAAAGAAAAUUUUAACUUACCCCAAGAAAUUUUUUGCAUUGUGAAUUGAAAACAAAAAUUUAUUUAUAAUUAGAAAAAAAUUACUUGGCGCAAGAAAUUAUUUCUUGCCAAUAAAAUCUUUUCUCGCCCCAAGAAAAUUUGUGUAUUUCAUUCAUAAUGCGUAAAAUUUCUUGGUACAAUUAAACUUUAUGCAGCAAAAAAUCCUUUUUUUCUGUGUAUUUCAUAAAUUUAGUUGUGAUAUUUGGGCAAUCACGUAGUGACUGCAGGUCGCUCGUAUUUAUUAUUAAAGUGAUUAGAUAAAACAAAUAAAAAAUUAUUUUCUUGUUUGAAAAAACAAUUAAUUUAAUGAUUUUUUUUUUAAUUUUAUUGAUGAGUGUCUAAAAGUAAAAAUAAAUUAUAACUUAUAACAAAUAAAAUAACGGCUGUUGUCAAAAAAAAUUUUUAUUUAUUUAUAUCAGAAAAUAUCAAAAUCAACAAAAAUUAUAUUACAUCUCGUAGGGCAAUUCCCAAAUGUAUUUUGAUGGUGACAAUAAAAUUUUUCAAUUGAAUAAUCUAACAAAAAAAAUAAAUAAAAAAAUGAAGAUAAUUUUUGAAUGUGCAAAAUUAUACAUUAGUUUACUCAAAAAGAUUUUUUGAAAUUUCAUUUUUUGUUGAUCAAACGCCAAAAACAAUGAUCGUGGAUAAUGAGAAGCAGCAUCAUCUUUUUUAUUUUUAUUUAUAAUCAAAUCGUUGAAUUGAAUGUUGUUGGUAGCAUUAAUCUUUUUAAUUAAUAAAUCUAAAAUAAUUUAUGCUAAAAUGUUGUAUUGUGCACUAAAAUAACGCCAAAACCUCUUUUUUAUUUGAUGUUUGAAGCCUUUUCUGCGAAUAGAAUUGAAUAAAAAAAUAAUUUAUAUUAACCCUUUGAACUAAAAAAAAAGUUUACGAAAAUAAUCAUAUGUGAAAUUUCAAAAACGAAGACGUAAUAUUGAAUAAAAUGAUGAAAUUAAAUUUUGAUUGGAUAAUUAACUUGAAGAUAUUGCCACUGUUUCAAUAAAAGUUUUGUAAAAAACGAGUUUUAAACUGAAAUUAUAAACUGGAGCUGUCUGACCUGAUAUAGAAUUUUUUUAAUAUCAAUGUAAAUAAUUUUACGCACGUUUUUCAAAAGUAUGAUCUAUAUGAAAAAACGACAAAUUUAAUUUCUUAUAUUCUUACAAUUUUCAAAAAACUUUUAAAACAUCGAAUAAAAAAAUAUAUGACGUCACUAUUUGAUUUAAUCAAAUUUAAAAAAUAUAUAAAUUAAUAUUCCGGUAGCCGAUUUAAAAACUUUUUUAAAACUUUGAUACUCAAUCAACACAAGCUCUUAGCGAUCGAUAAAAGAAAAAUAUCGAUGUAUUUUUAAAAAAUACAUAUGACAUUAUAAAUUUUUGUUAUAUUAAAAAAUUGUAUGUGGUGUGAAAUAUUAAUUUCAAAAAAAUUUUUAAAUAUAAAUAAACAUUUUGAGCAAAUUGAGUUGUAGUUUAAUAUAAAAUAAAACUAGUAUUAUCCAGUUUUAAUUAUAAUAAAUAUGAAAAGAUAUUUUAUCUUUUUUAAUUUCUCAAGUACAUUAAUAGAGAAUAUUGAUUUGUUUACAAAACAUUAAUUUACGAAAAUUAACUAAUAAAUAUUUAAAUACUUGAAACAGGUAUCGUUUCACAUUGACGUGUAUUU